UACUGUAACAGCUACUGCCUGUUACAACAAUAUUACUGGCUAUAUCAUAGCUGAAUAUAGCUGUACUGUAACUAAUCUUGGAGUUAUUGGAUCAAUCACGGGUAACCCACCCCAGAAUCCUACUCAAGUGGGAACUGCUCUUCAGGUUUUCCAUAACCUUGGGACUUUGAAGGAUACCAUUGCUAAUGUGGUGGACGGAUACUGCACAGUCCUGGAGGAGAACAUAAAAAGUGCUUUGGAUAUCAAAGUAUUGACCCAACCAUCUCAAACUGUCACAAGAGGUGGCCCUGGUAGAGCUGCUAUGCCAACACCUGGGAACACAGCAGCUUUUCGAGCAGCCCUGUGGACAAACAUGGAGAAACUCAUGGAUCAGAUCUGUGCAGCUUGUGGGCAGGUGCAGCAUUUGCAGAAAGUAUUGACAAAGAAAAGAGAUCCUGUGUCACAUGUCUGCUUCAUAGAGGAAAUAGUUAAGGAUGGACAGUCUGAUAUUUUGUACAAAUUUUGGACUGCAGUAACUCAGACACUUUCCUCUCAGUUUCAGUCAGCAACAGACUCCUCUAUGUUUUUGAAACAAGCUUUUGAAGGAGAAUACCCUAAAUUACUGAGGCUUUAUAAUGACUUGUGGAAGCGCCUGCAACAAUAUAGUCAAAAUAUUCAGAGGAAUUUUAACACAAGUGGAACUGCUGAUCUCUUUGCUGAACUGCAACAAAUGGAAGAAGAUACACAGGACAUAUUCAUGCAAAAAAAACCAGAUUAUGAUCCAGAAAAGGCCUUGAAAGAUUCACUGCAACAAUAUGAAGCUGCUUAUUUGUCAAAAUCCUUAUCUCGACUCUUUGAUCCCAUCAAUCUUGUCUUCCCUCCUGGAGGUCGGAAUCCUCCUUCUUCUGACGAGCUUGACAGCAUCAUUAAAACUAUAGCCAGUGAGCUAAAUGUGGCUGCUGUUGAUCCAGACCUGAGUUUAGCUGUGGCAAAAAAUGUGGCAAAGACCAUUCAGCUCUACGGUGUAAAGUCAGAGCAGCUUCUGUCUACUCAAGGAGAUGCCAGCCAGGUGAUCGGACCGCUUACAGAGGGACAGAGGAGGAACGUGGCUGUAGUGAAUUCGCUAUACAAACUGCACCAGUCAGUUCUAAAGGUUAUUACCAAUCAGAGCUCAUUUCCAGCAGCCGCUGAGCAAACAGUCACAGCUGCAUUAAAGGCAGUCCAUGAUCUAAUGGGUACUGCUGUUCAACCGUUACUGAACUCUGUAGGAGAUUCAGUAGAAGCUAUUAUCAUCACUAUGCACCAGGAAGAUUUUUCUGGAUCAUUAUCUGGCUCAGGAAAACCAGAUGUCCCUUGUUCUCUGUACAUGAAAGAACUACAGGGUUUUAUAGCAAGAGUCAUGAGCGACUACUUCAGACAUUUUGAGUGUUUUGACUUUGUCUUUGAUAACACUGAAGCCAUGGCUCAAAGAGCAAUUGAGCUUUUCAUUCGCAAUGCCAGCCUAAUAAGGCCCCUUGGUGAAGGUGGGAAGAUGCGGCUUGCGGCGGAUUUUGCACAGAUGGAGUUAGCAGUAGCACCAUUGUGUCGGCGAGUCUCUGAUUUAGGAAAAUCUUACAGACAGCUGAGGUCAUUCAGACCACUGCUGUUCCAGACCAGUGAGCAUAUUGCCAGCAGCCCAGCUCUGGGAGAGGUUAUUCCAUUCAGCAUUAUUCUUCAGUUCUUAUUUACAAGAGCACCACCAGAGUUAAAAUCACCCUUCCAGAGGGCUGAGUGGUCCAUUGCCCGCUACUCCCAGUGGCUUGAUGAUCAUCCAUCUGAAAAAGACAGGCUUGCUCUCAUACGCGGUGCACUGGAAGCUUAUGUUCAGUCAGUAAGAACGAGAGAAGGAAAGGAGUUUGCACCAGUCUACCCAAUCAUGGUUCAGCUGCUGCAGAAAGCGAUGUCGACUCUUCAGUGAAUUUGGACAACACUCUCAAAAUAGGGAACGGGCAGAAACACAGUCACAGGCCUUUGGUGCCACAUAUAUACUUAUGGUCUAUGUCAGUUACUCCCAAAUAUACAAGGUUUACAAUGAAAUGUGUUUACCUGCUUCAUCCAUGGAACUUCUGUCUUCUUGCUUUACGUUCGUAUUAUAGGAACUUAUAUAGAUACAUAUAUCAUAAGGAAAUCAUACAGUUUUUAUGUGCUGUGAGUCUACAUCUAAUAAACCUGAUCAUUUUUUAGCAUUCCUUUUGAAUUUAGAGAGGUAUAAAAUUAGAAUGUACACAAAUACUGCAGUAUAAUUGCUGAAUAUCUCCAGUAAGGAAGUGGCUCUUUUCCUACAAGUAUACUUUUAAAUAGUUGGAUACAUUUUAGCCUUAUUCAGAAAACUGUACUUCUGAAAUGCCAGAAUCACCAGUUUCCAUCUAAAAAAUCACUAAUUUUAACCCAAGGAAAAAUAUUCAUAAAUAAUGUAAAUUAUUUUCUAUUGCAGUGCUAUUCGCUUUGAAAUAAUUUAUAUUGAUUUCAACUUUUUGCUUAAACUGUAAUAAAGAACAUGUGACUAUCCAGUCUUGAACUCAGUAUUUUAAAUUCUUCAGCAGCUUCCUAACUGCAAAGCAUCAAAACGUACUUCAGAUGGGUUCAUGUAAAGACUUCCACACAGAACAAGCUCUUUGCUGCAGGGCUGACUUAAUGAUUAGUCUUCUUCAUUUUAUAAAACACACAACACCAGAUUUUAAUGAAUUUAUUUGAAAUAAUAUACAAGAAUAUAGUGUGCAAAAAUCUUAGGGGCAACAUCAUGUAGACGUGUCAUAAACUGAAUUUUACAGUUGUGAUUCUUAAAAAAAAGGAAACACACAGCUGUUUAGUACAUGAAAAGCCAUGAUUGUAAAAGUUCACAGCAGAAGCAAUUGUAAUCCUAACGCAGCUGCUCUAAUUUUAGACAAUUGGAGGAAAAAAAAAAGUAAAGUGCAAGUGUUGCACGUAUAGUUAAGUGCAAAGUUUGCCCCCACCAUAAAGAUGUCUUAUGGCAAAAUAAAAUAUUGUAGAAUAUGUGGCAAAGACAAAACACAGAGUUAAAACUAUGAUGGUGACGAUAUCAACAGCACCAUUUUUACUGAGAUAAUGCUAUUAAUUUUUCAUCCUGUCCUGGGCCACUGUUUCCACCGGAAGUAACAGCUCUCACUAGUGCCAGCUGGUGCAAAAAUCUCUCACUUGUGGAUGCAAGUUUUAUACGUGGCAACCCAAGCAGCAGCUCCCGCGCGACAUCACACUGCGCUCUCCCUUCACCACCUGUUCUGGUAACUUGCUGGCGUCUGGGCAGGCUGGGAAGCUGGAGGCUGAUAAUACAUUUUGCCAUUUCAGAAAAUCCCAGGCCUCAGAAUCGUAAUUAAUAAUAUGGUUGUGCAAUACAUAUUAAUCAGCAAUAAGAAUCAAGGUAUAUAAACAGCUGUUACAUAUUUUAAAAUUCCCCUUUUUGUACAUUUUCUUUUAAAAAUAAACAUUUAUACAUAUCUCCUUCGCCUCUUUC